AUGCAGCGAGCAGUCAAGACCAUCAGCAAAGCCCAAGUCCGAAGCAUCGAGCGCUUCCGCAGGGAAAUCGACAUCAUGAAAAGCCUGGAUCACCCGAAUGUGGUGAAACUAUUUGAGACAUUUGAAGACCACAGAAACAUUUAUCUCGUCAUGGAAUUGUGUGAAGGCGGCGAGCUGUUUGACCGCAUUAUUGCAGAAGGUCACUUCACAGAAAAAAGAGCAGCACUUUUAAUGCGACAAGUCUUUUCUGCUGUUAAUUAUUUGCACUCCAACCACAUUAUGCACCGGGAUUUAAAACCCGAAAACUUUCUCUUCUUGAGCACCGCGAGAGACAGCCCUCUAAAGAUCAUCGACUUCGGACUGUCUUGCCGCUUCAAGCCGGGGGAGUUCGUUUCCACGAAGGCCGGCACGCCGUACUACGUGGCCCCGCAGGUGCUCGAGGGCCGCUACGACUACCGCUGCGACGCCUGGAGCCUCGGCGUGAUUCUCUACAUUUUGCUUUGCGGCUUUCCGCCCUUCUACGGCGACACCGACGCCGAAGUCCUCGCGCAAGUCAAGGCGGGCGCGUACUCUUUCGCGGGCCCGGAGUGGCGGCGCGUCUCGGACGAGGGCAAAGACCUCAUCCGCAGGCUGCUCAAGAUCAACCCCGACGAGCGACUGUCCGUGGAAGAUGCUCUCCACCAUCCCUGGAUGAUGAGUCUAGCCCAGAGCAGCCAGAAUGUGCCUUUGCCUGUGACCCUCAUGGCGAACCUCAAGGGUUUCCGUGCUCAAAACCGGCUCAAGAAGGCGGCCUUGACAGUCAUCGCGCAGCACAUGACGGACUCCGACAUAGACCAUUUGCGAAAGAUUUUCAUUUCUCUUGACGUCGACAACUCCGGCACUUUGUCCGUGCAGGAAGUGGCCGAGGGCCUGAAACGUCUUGGCUGGACAGAAAUCCCUGCAGACUUGCAGGCGAUCAUGGAAGAUGUGGACUCAGACAAAUCGGGACACAUUGACUACACCGAGUUCAUCGCCGCAACGAUGGACAGAAAACUUUACAUGAAAGAAGAUGUUUGCUGGGCUGCCUUCAGAGUCUUUGACUUGGAUGGCAACGGGAAGAUCUCGCAAGACGAGCUGCGCCAGGUGCUGGGAAUGCCCAAGGUGCAAGGGGCUGUGGGCAGCGAGACGAUAGCUGCGUUGCUGAAGGAGGUGGACUUGAACGGCGACGGAGAGAUCGACUUUGAGGAGUUUAUGCACAUGAUGCGGAAACGAACUCCCGGCGAAGCGCAGCAGAGAGAACCGAAAAAGAAGAGCAGCAAAUGA